GAUACCACGGGGAGCGCUCCGACUCACGGCGCCCGUUUUACCGUCUCCCGACGCCGUCUCUCGGUCACGGCGACUCUGAUGGGCGUUUUUAGCCUCCCUUUACCGUCCUCGACGCUUGGAUAUUUUCGGAAGCCACAAAAUGAAGCGAAUGAAUGUGAGCAACAAGAAGUAUCCUGUUGUUGUGCCUGUCUCCAGCGUCAAUAGUAGUCAAGUACUCUCUGUGGACGCCGUGCUUCUGUGAUUUUAUAUUUUUAUUUUUUACAGUAGUUGUCUGUUUGGAGGAUUUGAUGUAGUUGUCAGUAGUGGACUACCCAACUUUCCCCCGCUUUUUGUUGUCUUUUUCGAGGUUUUCCGUCUGUGAAACAAAGAUUCCAAGAUAGACCAACUCCGGAAAACCAGCGACUUGACAUCUGCUCCUGGCAGAAUAACCUUUCUUAGCGGUUAUUCGCCUUUACAAGCAUCUUCUCUGGGCCACGCUGGAAGUCACCUCCUAUGUGGCCGUCGGGAGUGGGGAGCAGGCAGCCCUGCCCGCGGGAGUCGGCGCUGCGCAGGGCGGCCAUCAGCGGCAACAUCAACGCCCUGCCGCCGCACCAUGUCCCCACCGGCCGCAGCGUCCGGGUCUUCAUCUGCGCCAACCCCGACGACACAGAAGCAGAGAGGAGUGCGCUGAAAGAGCACGUCUACCCUAAAUUACGAGACUUCUGCAGGGAGAACUAUGGCAUUGAAUUUCAGGUGGUGGACCUGUACUGGGGAGUCGAUCCAGAGGAGUGGGACAGUCCUGAGCUGCAGAGACUCAGAAUGAAACUUCUAGAGGAAUGUCUAAAGACCUCGGCUGGACCGUGUUUUGUUGGCCUGGUGGGAGAAAAAUAUGGCAGCAUCCGCGUGCCCGGGGAGGUUGAAUCGGCAGAGUUUGAGAUGAUCUUGGAUGCAGCCGUGGAGGCGGGGUUGGACACCCACAUCUUGGAGGAGUGGUACUGCAGGGAUGAAAACUCUGUGCCACCCGCAUACUACCUCAAACCCAAAGCCCAAAUGCUUAAGAACUACCAGAAUUCAAUGGAGUCAAGCAAUGCAGCAAAGACCAAGAAUGACAAGGCCUGGAGGAAUGUGUCAGAGGAGAUCAAGAAGAUCUUCCGAACAGCGGUGCUGCAGCUUCAAGAGAAAGGAACCAUGAAGAGUGCUCAGGCUAAGAAAUUCCUUUGCUCUGCCUUGGAGGAUGAAUUAGAUUUUGCCCUUGGGAAACAAACACCUGCCUUUCUCAGGAAAUGUGUCUGCUAUAUUCGCAAGAUCUCCAACUUCGACCGCUUCGCUAAACUACCAGACAUGGGUCGCUACAUGGACAUUGUGGUCAGCGCUGAUCGUAUCAUGCGCAACCAGGAAGCCUAUGAACGCCUUCUGAAGGUACGGGAUGAAUUCAUCCCCACAAUCGUGGCUGCUUCCAACCUCCGUGUCUACUCUUCUGUCACUCACUGCGACAUGAAGUUGGGCUACUCUCAAGAAGUAGAGAGUCACUACGUGGAAGGUCUGUGUAAGCAGUUCUAUGAGGACAUGGUGGACAUCAUCCAGGCUACAGUCCAGCAGAACUUUGACACGGAAACCGAUCCGCUGUACGAUGAGAUCAUACAGCACCUGUCCCUUUGUAAGACCUUUGCAGCCCUCUAUGAAUACAAGACUGAGUCACUGGAUUACGUGCAGGAGUAUCUCAUGCCAUCAAAGGGGAGCAGGAUGAGCCCUCUAGUGGUGUUUGGGGGACCCUGCACCGGAAAGACUCUCCUGCUGUCUGAGGUUGCCAAACAGGCCUACACAUGGCUGCAGAAAGAAAUGGGCCCUGAAACAGACCCGGUGGUCAUAGUUAGGUACAUUGGUUCUAGCCAACUCUCCACAGACCUACGAACUCUCCUGCAGAGUAUCUGCGAACAAAUCGCCAUUAACUAUCGCUGCCUGAUUCACUUUUUGCCUAAUAAGAUUGAGGAGAUGAGGGAGCUCUUGAUCAACCUCUUAGGGGAAUCCUCAUUCCACAGGCCUUUGGUCAUCGUCCUGGAUGCUCUGGAGCAACUCUCGGACGCAGAUGAAGCUCGCAAACUGUGGUGGCUCCCCAUACACCUGCCUCGCACAGUCCGUAUUGUUAUAUCUACGCUGCCCAAUAAACACGGCAUCUUGCAGAAGCUCCGUCACCUUAUCCAUGAUGAGGGGUAUUAUGUGGAGCUAAUCCAGAGAGACCGAAAAGUCUGCAGCCAAACAUUAAAACAGCAGCUGCUUGGGGUGAAGAGAAAGGUAACCUCAGGGCAACAGAUCUAUGUCAAUGAGGCACUUGCCAAGUGUACAUUGCCAAUGUUUGUCAACCUCAUCUACAGAGAAGUAGUUCACUGGAGGUCUCACAAAGAUGUGGACGAUAAGUCCCUCUGCUCCACAGUCCAUGAGAGCAUAGAGCAACUAUUUUACUCUGUAGAAAACAAAUUGGGCCAACGAUUUGUCUUCAGAGCAUUAGGGUAUAUCACCAUGGCUAAGGCUGGGCUAACAGAGGUUGAGCUGGAAGAUAUCCUGUCCCUUGAUAACAUAGUUCUUGGUGAUGUCAUUGUGGCAACAUACCUCAAAAACCCAUUGAGGAUCUCAUAUGAUUUGGUUGCAAAGCUCAGGGAGGAGCUGGAGGGCUAUCUGGUGGAACGGCAGAUACGUAACAUCACCUUGUUGGUCUGGGCCAACAGGCACCUGCAUCUCAUCGCCCAAAAGCUGUACCUUAGCAAUGAAGAAGAUGUGCAUCAAAUGCACAGCCUCUUGGCUGAGUACUUUCUAGGGGCAUGGUCAGGUGGGAGGAAGAAAAUCUUUACUUACGAUAACAACCAUUUUACUUCCUCGAACAUUUCUCAUCAUAAAAACCCUCACCAUCAACAGUCGCAUGAAAAAACAUCCUCUGAUAAAUACUCCUAUGACAGACAGACCCCUGAACAACCUUGGGUGUUCCAGUGCAACCUUUUGGAGCCUGACAUUUUCUUUGUCAAUCACAGAAAGAUGACAGAGCUAGUGUACCACCUUACUAGGAGUGGGCGCACAGAUGACCUCAUGUUUGGUGUCAUCAUGAACUUCAGUUGGCUCUACACGAUGAUCAAGAUUGGCCAGUUUGAAAAAGCUUUAACAGACAUUGACUUAGCCUACAGCUACACCCAAGAAAAAGAGCUGAAGUUCCUGGCCACCACACUCCGUAGCGUCAAAGUAAAAGUGCUAAAAAACCCUGCAUCACUGUCUGCAGAACUGCAGCAAAGGCUUCUUCCAGUUGUCACCUCCCUGCCUAAGCUCAGACAUCUCCUCCUGGAGUGUGACAAAGAUGGCCCGAAAUACUGCUCCAUCAUGCCUCUCCACUCCUCUAUGGAUGUCACCUACAGCCCAGAGAGGCUUCCCCUGUGUUCCAGCUACAUGCAGAUUGUGGAGAUCUUGCCCACUUUAGCCCCAAACAUAGUUCUUGUAGCAUUAGAAGAUGGGUCAGUCAGCACCUGGGAUGUAGAGAGCAGGCAGCUUCUGCGACAGAUUGACACAGCCAGAUCAGUUGUGCUGGGAAUCAGACUAACCUCUGAUGAGAAGUAUCUGGUUGUGGCCACAACCAAAAAUACCCUGCUGAUUUAUGAUAAUCACAAGUCCUGUCUUUUGUCCGAGGUUGAAAUUAAGGGAUCAAAGCACAGUGGUGUCACCGGUGGACUUGCUUUCAUCAAUGGUUUUACUUUGUCAACCCAUCAUGCUUUAGCUUGGCUUGAAGCUAGUAAAGACGUCAAUGUCAUUGACCUCCUCUACGGCUGGCCUCUCUACCAGUUCCAUUGCUGGUAUGAGGUAACUUGUGUCCAGUGCUCACCAGAUGGAAUGUAUGCCUUUUGUGGCCAGUACCUCAACACCACAUCCAUCUUCCAUCUGGGAAAUGGAGAGAAGUUGGCCACUAUGACAUCAGAGUUUUCAGGGGGAUUUGUCAAGUCCAUCCUUGUACUGGAUACCCUUAACCAAAUGGUGAUGAUUGACAAUGAAGGCAGCCUGUCAGUAUGGAACACUAAAGAGAUAACCAACCCUAAGCUGAUGGAGGAUUAUGACUGUAGAGGGGAUGAUAGUGAAGUGGUGGGCAUUGAGUUAUCUGAAGACCAGCGUUCCAUACUGAUUUGCAAGGCCAGAAGUAUUGAGGUUCUAGACACAAAAGUAUGGAAAAUGGUAGAGAAGUUCAAAGCCAAACGUACUGAACGAUUUGUUGCUGCUGUUCUUUCCAAGAAUGGACAGAGCAUAGUGGCCUCCAUGGAGAACACCUCCUCCAUCUUUGUCUGGAGGAGGGACAGUGGACAGUGCAUGGCUAGCCUGAUCGAGAUCUCAGGGGCAAUCGUUAAACUCAUCAAAUCUAUCCACCACAACCUACUCCUUUCUGUUACCAGCAGUGGAGUUCUAUCAGUUUGGGACAUUGAUAUCAUCACCGCCAUGUCUAAUAUCGACAAAACAGGCAAGAAGAUCCAGACCUUACAGCUGUCUGGCCGAGAGGACUUUGUGUUUACCAUGGAUGGCUCAGAAGCUGUUCACAAGUGGAACUUUAGCACUGGAUUUAUUGAGAUGGUCUUCAAACAUGAGGGCAUAGUGGAGAACUGUGUCCUAACCACCUCAGGGGAUCUCAUGGUGACUUCAGACGACAAGUCCAGUCAGUACAUCUGGCAAACCAACACUGGAGAAAACAUCUUUCGCAUAAAUGGACAGAGAAUAUCACAGCUACUAAUCACCCACAACGACCAGUUUGUGGUGUCCCUUUGUGAACAGAAUGCUUCCAGAGUGUGGAGGCUUGCGACUGGGCACAAGGUCUGCAACAUCUUAGUCACUCUGCAGAAUGCAGUGAUUACCACAGCUAAUACUUUCCUGGUUGGCACAUCCAAGAACAAGCUCCUUGCAGUGAGCCUAUGGUCGGGCAGUGUAUCAAAGAAGUUUGUCUGUGAUGAUGGUAUUACGAUCGUCAACUUCAAGCUCAUACCUGACUGCCCUGACUGUGUGGUCUUCAUAACAUCCACGGAAACGGUUUUCAUUUGGAGUGUGGCAGAUGAGUCAGUCUGCAGGCGGGUUCAGCUGCCAACCAACUUCCUCAAAAACCUAGAGGACUUUCAGAUCUCACCCAAUGGGAAAUUAGGAAUCGUCUCCAAAGGGGAUGAAAAUAUUAACGUUUUGGAUCUUCACAGUGGGAAGCUAAGGCUUGUUCAUGCUGCAGGCAUAAUCUGGCGUCAGAAAUUAUCAAGAGAUGGACGUUACCUUGUGUAUGUUUGUUUCCGGAACUGUGAUGAGGAUGAUGAUGCCGGUGUAGUGUCCAAUUUGAUCGUGAUGCGCCUUGCUGAUGGUAAGAGCAUUGGAACAUGCUCACUUUACAAGACCCCAACCUUCCUUUCCCUCUCCCAGCGAGCACUAAACAUCAUCAUUGGCUUUGAGGACGGCAGCAUUGGCACAUAUACAGUCGUGGACCGUGUGGAUGCCGCCCUUAAGAUAAAGAUUGCCACCUCUAACAGCCGACAGAUUGUCAACAAUGCCUCGCAAAAAGUGCGGCCCAAAUGUGGCAACCAUUCCUUUAAGACUGUUGCUGACUGCAUCUGGAGGGAGUCGACUGAAGUCUUCUCCAGGGACAGCCCCAUCAAUGUGUCAGACUCUGGAGAGGGUGAGUCCACAACGCCUACUAAAAAGGCUGAAUUGCUGCAGUGAGAGGAGUGAGCAGAGUUAAUACGGGAGGGUGGAGAUGGGUAAAAGAAAAAAAAAAAAAGCCUAGAAUCUCUGGGGUCGCAGUUGAUUCUUGUUUACAGCCAUGUGAUUCAGCUGCAGAUGUCAGCCCUGUGGGUAGUUAAUGGGUCGACUAUUUUAACGCUGCACUCAAAAGUAUUAUUUACUUCCAACUUAUGAUACACUUUAUGUUAGUUUUACACAUGAAGACUGUUAGAAGAAUACUGUUUUACAAAAGAAAAAAUAAUGUAAAUUCUGUAUCGCAUUAGUUUACCAUUAUGUGUCCUUUUGCAUUUGAAGAACAAAGUUAUUAUUCAGAUGUCUGGGUCAAACAUUUCCAAAGCCAUUCCAGUGUUCUUAGCCGCUUUCAUUAUCUUUAUUUCCAUUGUACACAUUAAGCCAUAAUGUUGUUCUUGAAAGAAUAUAUUUAUGUUUGUAUUAAUAUCAGGCAGUACUGUAAAGAAAAAAAAGAAAAACUAUGAACAUAUGUACAUAUCUCUUUCUGGCUGCUGCAAUUUGUGCAACUCCUUAAAAAUGUUAUGUUGUGCUUAAUGCAAUCAAAGUGAG